AUGUCCAAAAAACAUGUAAUGUUUCAUCCUAUCAUCAGCUCUAUUCAAAGAAUAGCCCUAUAUGAGACGAAAGCGAGAUUUUACUUGAUCGGCUCCAACAAUACACAAACUCGAUUUCGCGUAUUAAAAAUUGAUCGAACCGACCCAAGAGAAUUGAUACUAGUUGAUGAUAAGGUCGAAUAUAAUAAGCAAGAAAUUCAUCAGUUAUUGAGCAUGAUAGGGUUUGGCAAUAGAGGCAGCAGAUCUGUUGGUUUUAAUAAAUUGGUAUCAGCAUUUGGAAUUGUAGGAUUCAUUAGGUUUCUUGAAGGAUAUUACAUUAUCUUAGUCACCAAGCGCAGAAAAAUUGCUGUAAUAGGACCACAUUCUAUUUAUAAGAUUGAGGAUACGGCCAUGAUAUAUAUACCAAAUGAUAACAAUAGGCCACAGCAUGCAGACGAACAAAGAUAUGUAAAAAUGUUUCUAGCUAUAGAUCUAUCAACAAAUUUCUACUACAGUUAUAGCUAUGAUGUUACGCACACAUUACAAAUGAAUAUGGCACCUCCUAGGAAACUUGCACCAGCUUUAUUUCCUGAGCCUGUUACAGCAGCUGUAUAUCAUUCUAACAUAGACAUUAAAACUAGGGAAGAAUGUGUCUGUAUAAAAAAAGAAGAUGAUGAAGAUAUCUUUGAGACUUGGAAGCAGCAAUUGCAGCAGAGGCAGGAAAAAAUGGGGCCAAAAGCACCUAAAUUGGAAUUUGGUGUACGCUCAGUUCCUGAAUGGAGAUUUGUAUGGAAUAGUCAUCUCUUGUCUGUUGUACAUUCUCAGUUACACCCAGAUUGGAUUUUGUAUAUUGUCCAUGGCUUUGUAGAACAGAGCAAUCUUAAUAUUUUUGGUAGACCAGUCUAUCUAACACUAAUAGCUAGAAGAAGUAACAGAUAUGCUGGCACAAGAUUUCUGAAAAGAGGUGCUAACAUGCAUGGAGAUGUAGCUAAUGAAGUUGAAACUGAGCAAAUAGUUCAUGACUCAAUGAUCUCUUCAUUUACGUCUGGAAGAUUUAGUUCUUUUGUUCAAAUGAGAGGGUCAAUCCCUUGUUUUUGGUCUCAAGAUAUAUCUAAAAUGGUGCCUAAACCUGCCAUAUCAAUAGACAGAAGUGACCCAUACGCCCAAAUACCGGCUAAGCAUUUUAAUAACCUCAUGCAGAGAUAUGGCUCACCAAUUAUGAUUUUAAAUCUGGUAAAAAAGAGAGAGAAGAGAAAGCAUGAAUCAUUGCUAACCCAAGUUAUAAGUAAUGCUGUGAAGUAUCUCAAUCAAUUCCUACCACCUGAACAUGUAAUACAAUAUUUCCAUUUGGACAUGGCGAGGAUAAAUAAGGGUGCUGAUGCAAAGGUGCUGGAUAAAUUAUCCGCGAUAGCCAGAACGGUAGUGAAGCGAACAGGAAUAUUUUUAAGCUGUAGUGGCUAUAGUGAGGAGAUGGGCGUGGAAGGUCACCAAGGUGGUCAUCUCCAAACUGGGCUGGUGCGAGUUAAUUGUGUGGAUUGCUUGGACAGGACUAACACUGCACAGUUUGCUAUUGGCAAGUGUGUUUUAGCACAUCAGCUGUACGCGUUAGGCCUCAUAGCAGAACCAGUGAUAGAGUUUGAUUCAGAUUGUGCAAGGCUUCUCGAGGGCUUAUAUGAAGAUCAUGGCGACACUUUAGCUCUGCAAUACGGAGGAUCUCAAUUAGUGCAUAGGAUAAAGACGUAUCGCAAAACUGCACCUUGGUCAUCCCACGGCAAUGAUAUAAUGCAGACAUUGAGCCGUUAUUAUUCAAACACAUUCUCUGAUGCUGAGAAACAGAACACAAUGAACCUAUUCCUGGGACUGUUCAUCCCUGACUCGAAUAGGCCAGCUAUUUGGGAAUACCCCACAGAUUAUUAUCUCCAUCAUCCAGAAACUAUGGUCUAUAUUCCCAAUAACAGGUCGUUAACAAAAUGGUGGGACGAUGACGUUGUUCGCAAUCUGCCUCGGCCCAGCAAUGAAAUGCGAAAGUUGUGCUGCGAAAUAAUCGGGAUGCAAGGUGAUUCAGCACUAGAGAUUGUUGACCCUUAUCAAGAGUACAACCGCCCGUUUGAGUACACUGUCUUCAUGGAGUGCUUUGAGUUCAAGAUGCUUCACACACUUCGAGAUCUGGCGCCUUCUUUCACUGACAAUAUAAGUCCGUUCGUGGUACGAGGUCGGGCUCCCGGGCACGCUGUAAAAGGGCCUUCCUCCAAAAACCCUGUCAUCAGUGGAAGAUCUAGUACAGCAUCAAAUAACUCAAGCGAUUCCAACGGUGACUCAUCUUCCGAUGAUGACCUAACGAGUUCCACGUUAAGUGUUAGACUUCCAACGACUUCAACAUCGCGGGUCACCAAAUUAGGGGAUGAAUUUUAUAAACCGCCCCCUUUCCUUUUCGUUAAGAGGCGAACCAAGCCACUUGUUAACGACCCAAACAAACGCGAUAUGCUAAUGUACAAACGUUACGUUAACUUCGAAAAGCGGUCUAACCCUCGCUACAAGCCCGAUAUCCAUAUAGUCCUUACUGUAAGCAGUGCUUUCACCAUAGAUAGCUCUGUAGACAUGAUCCCUCCAACUAUCACCAAAGCCUCCAAAGAAAUUUAUCAAGAUUAUGUCCGUCGUAGCACAGGAAAACUAACUGUUCCCCACGAAUCGCUGCAAAUGUACAAGAAUUAUGUGGAUUUUAGCCUAUAA